AUGUCACAACAAUACGCCAGUUAUCAUGUACCGCUAGCGACACAGAGUAUGCCUAGGGAUCAGAAACAAGUUGACCAUACCUAUGCGGAUACAUGGAGCGCCAACCAGUAUGGGAAAGGUUCACGUCCUCACGUUGGCGGUCCUUACGCAGGUGGUCAGGUAAUUAACAGAAAGAGUGUGGCUGCAAACAACACAUUCAACUAUAUGCCUGUUCAACAUCAGCAGUCUGUGAGCAAUGUGUCAUCGUCGUAUGGCAGACAGCCACGCGACCUGGAAAAUGGGUUCGAUGGAUAUCAAGUGCAGAAGAUGCAGCACUACCAGCAGCAACCAUAUACGCAGACGUACUACCCGUCCAACAUCAGCAUUCCCGUUGAAGCUCAACACAGUCAUUAUGACUACAGUGGAGCAAUAGAUGCUCCAGGCAUGACCCUCGAGCUUGCCAACGACGGCCAGAAUGACACCAACCACAUUUACCGAAGCCCGCUUUUGGAGGAUUUCCGCAUCAACAAGGCCAAGAAAUAUGAGUUGAAGGAUAUAUACGGUCACAUUGUGGAAUUCAGUGGCGAUCAAUUAGGCUCGCGAUUUAUCCAGCAAAAGCUUGAAGUCGCAACCAGUGACGAAAAAGACCGCGUAUUCAACGAGAUUGCACAGGAUUCUAGACAGCUGAUGACGGAUGUGUUUGGUAACUAUGUGAUCCAAAAGAUGUUCGAACAUGGCAACCAGCCUCAGAAGAAGCUUCUCGCUAGUCAUAUGAAGGGCCACGUCUAUGCCCUAUCAACUCAAGUAUACGGGUGUCGGGUGGUACAAAAGGCUCUGGAAUAUAUCCUUACUGACCAGCAGGCAAGUCUGAUCAAGGAAUUGGAUGGCUGCGUUUUGAAAGUGGUUGAGGACCAGAAUGGAAACCACGUGAUUCAAAAGGCCAUCGAAAGAAUACCAGGCGAGCAUAUUCAAUUCAUCGUCGACGCACAUAGAGGACACGUCCACUACCUUUCCAAGCACUCUUAUGGCUGUCGCGUCAUUCAGCGAAUGCUUGAGCAUUGUACACCACGUGCGAAACGACAAAUAUUGGCUGAACUCCAUAUGAACAUCUCCGACCUCAUUCAGGACGCCUUUGGCAACUAUGUUGUACAGCAUGUGAUCGCAAAUGGCGAAGCACAGGAUCGAAAGCCAGUCAUUGAUAAGGUGAUGAGCAGGCUCCUUGAGAAUGCCACGCACAAGUUCGCCAGCAACGUGGUGGAGAAAGCUCUCGACUAUGCCGACGACGAACAGCGACGAACCAUGCUACGGAAGCUAACGGUACGAGACGAGACUGGUCAAAGCCAGAGCAGCAAGUUACUGAGCCACCAAUACGGCAACUAUGUAAUUCAGAAAAGCGGCGCUCAUCUACAAGGACACACGCUUGCCUCGUUGAUCGAGGAGAUGGAGCAAUACCUGCUACAGCUACGUCGAGUCAGUACAGGAAAGCAAGUGACCGCAUUUGAGAACACGAUCCGGGAGGCUCGACAUCGACUGGGCAGGCAAAGACUUGAAGACGGAAUUCACAGCGCACCUACACAACCUCGAACGAGUAUUGCACGACGAUGA